AAGCCAGGUGAACACGGCUCCCUUUGACCCUGUGGACCAGGUUGUACAUGGUGCACUGACUCCUCACAGAUGGCACCACGUCACCAUGAGCUGUUCUGUACUUCAAUACCUUUUGAUGCAACAAAUGUCCCCCCUCAGUUCCGGGUCCAGUCCUCAGAGCCACCACUAGGUGUCCCCUCCGGCUGCAGUGUCUCAGGGCCGAGCGGGUGUUAACCACAGCGGAGUGCCAACUGUUCAACACAGCCACCAAAGGGUUAAUGUAAUCCGCAGUAGGGAAUGGGCGGAGCCUCCAGCUGGGACGCAAACCGGACAAACCGAAAAGGCAACACUCAAAUCUGGACAAGAAAAAUCUUUGUCGGACUCAUUUAUGUAUCUGUUGGAUCUUUGUGUUUCCUCUGUGGCUGCAGCUCUGCACCGACCCUGAUCCUGAUCCUGGUUCUGAACCGGGCCGAGAAGAGCCACAAACACCGAUGGAGAAGUUUUGGAGUUGCUGUCAGAUAUGGGUGAAGUAGUUAGGACGUGGAGAGCUGGAGAGGCGUCCCGACAGAGAAAGUCCAGACUCGGAUCAACAGGGCUGAGAGGAGCGCUCCCUGUCUGCGCGCUGUGAAACUAUGUAUCCUUCAGCAUGAGAGUAAACGGGGUGGUUCUCUAAUGUGCUUCACACACAUGCAGCAGGAUUAACUCCAGUCACACAGGUCUGAUGGUGGAGGAAUAACUCGGUGUCAGAACAGAGAUACAGAUUGGUGUUUGCCGAAGCGCUGAGUGACACCAUGUGGAGCCCGGGGACGUGGAUGUGGAGAGCGGCUCUGUGCUGCAUGCUCCUGGAAACAUGUCUGCAGCCUGCCAGAGGUCUAAACAUGUGUAUGAGCGGCAGCGCUACGUCAUGUGAAGAAUGCCUCCUGAUUCACCCCAGCUGCGCCUGGUGCGCACAAGAGGAGUUCGGGAGGGGGCGGACUCUGACGUCACGCUGCGAUUUUAUUCAAAACCUGCAUAAGAGGGGCUGCGAGGCGCGGUUUGUUGAGUACCCUACCAGCAGUCUCUCCAUCCUGAAGAGCAGGCCUCUGAGCUCUAAAGGAUCUGGGUCGUCCCAGUAUGACGUGGUCCAGAUCAUGCCUCAGAAGAUCUCCCUCAGCCUGCGGCCAGGAGCCCAGACGUGGUUUGGGCUGCAGGUGCGGCAGGUGGAGGACUACCCAGUGGAUCUCUACUACCUGAUGGACCUCUCUCUUUCCAUGAAAGAUGAUCUGGAAACCAUCCGUAACCUGGGCACCAAACUGGCCCUGGAGAUGGGCAAGCUCACCAGCAACUUCAGGCUGGGCUUCGGUUCCUUCGUGGACAAAAACAUGUCGCCCUUCUCCUACACAGCACCCAAGUAUCAGGAGAAUCCAUGCAAUGGAUACAAACUGUUCCCCAACUGCGUCCCUACCUUCGGUUUCCGCCACAUCCUCUCACUGACGGACAAAGUGGACCGCUUUAACGAGGAGGUGCAGAAGCAGAUGGUGUCUCGCAACCGGGAUGCACCAGAGGGCGGAUUUGAUGCCAUCCUGCAGGCUGCUGUUUGUAAGGAGGAGAUCGGUUGGAGAAAGGAGGCCUACCACCUGCUGGUGUUCGCCACAGACGACGUGCCUCACCUCGCCCUGGAUGGCCGGCUGGGAGGCCUCGUCCAGCCCCACGAUGGACGCUGUCACCUCAAUGAAAAGAACGAGUACAGCGCCUCCACACAGAUGGAUUAUCCCUCUCUGGCUCUUCUGGGGGAGAAACUGGCAGAAAAUAACAUCUUCCUCAUCUUCGCUGUGACAAAACGGCUCUACGUUAUUUAUAAGAACUUUACUGCACUCAUACCUGGAACCACCGUGGAAAUCCUGGACCAGGACUCUAAGAAUGUAAUUCAGCUCAUCGUGGCAGCUUAUAAUAACAUCCGCUCUAAAGUGGAGCUGUCAGUGUGGGAUCACCCAGAGGACAUCAGCCUUUCCUUCACCGCCACCUGCCAGGAUGGACAGCCGCUGCCAGGCCUCAGGAAGUGUGCCGACUUGAAGAUAGGAGACACUGUAUCGUUCAAUGUGAGUGUGGAGGCGAGGAGCUGCCCUCCCCGCGGCACCGACCAGAGCUUCACUAUCAAGCCGGUGGGGUUCAAAGAACGUCUGGAGGUGGCUGUGGAUUAUCAGUGUGACUGUGGCUGCAGCCGGAGGGCACAAACCAACAGCAGCAUCUGCAGCUCCAUCGGUACUUAUAACUGUGGGACGUGUCACUGUGAGCCGGGCUACCUGGGCGCCCGCUGUGAGUGCCAGGAGGGCGAGGCCAGCAGCAUGUACCUCAGCGCCUGCCGGGAAGCCGAGGGCAAGCAGAUCUGCAGCGGGCGAGGAGAGUGCAGCUGCAACCAGUGUCUCUGCUACGAGUCGGAGUUCGGCAAGAUUUACGGCAGCUACUGCGAGUGUGACGACUUCUCCUGCGCCCGACACAAAGGCAUCCUCUGCUCAGGUCACGGAGAAUGUCACUGUGGGGAGUGUAAAUGCCAUGCUGGUUACAUCGGAGACAACUGUAACUGCUCUACAGAGACGUCGUCCUGCAUCUCAGACGACGGGCAGAUGUGCAGCGGGCGAGGAAACUGCAUGUGCGGCCGCUGUCAGUGCACCGAGCCAGGAGCCUUUGGAGACACCUGUGAGAAGUGCCCCACCUGCCCUGACGCCUGCGGCACCAAAAGUGAUGAGACGCAGUCAGCCGAGCAGGGAAAAGGAACGGAUGAGCCCGGCGCUGUGCUUUGUCUCUAUAAGACAGACAACGACUGUGUCAUGAAGUUCACGUAUUCUGAGCACGCCAGUGGACAAUCCAUCCUCACAGCUCUCAAAGAGCCAGAGUGUGCCGCCGGGCCCGAUGCUCUGACGGUGCUGCUCGCAGUGGUCGGCAGCAUCCUGCUGGUGGGGGUGGUGCUGCUCGCUGCCUGGAAGUUGGUCAUCACCAUUCAUGACCGGAGAGAGUUUGCACGCUUCCAGAGUGCACGCUCACGAGCCCGAUAUGAGAUGGCCUCCAACCCUCUGUACAAGCAGCCUGUCACCACACACUUUGUCGAAACGGAUUUCAACAUGUACGGGAAGUCCUACAACGGAGGGGUCCACUGAUCCCUCAGCACGGGGCGCGGCAGGACCGGUCCGACAAACAGAUCCCUGGAGGACGGGGCCCGAGGUGGACGGCGGACUGAACACACUCAUCCCUCUGCACGGCUAUAACACCAGUGACAUGAACUAGACUGCGUGUGCGAGGGGGGACUCUGUGGCCUUUUCUUUUCUUUACGCGGGAGAUUCAAGCCUAACCACACAGACGCAGCGUGACUUCUUUUUUCUUCUUCUGUGUGUUUUUCACUGACGGCAGCGGCGGCCGGUGGAGGAGCGACGAAGCAUGAACUCCUUGGUGUUGUUUAGACAGAGAGGAAGAGAGAGUAGAGUUAGCGGUGAGUUUGUCUGCAGUUACACAAGAGAAACAGACUCAUGGACACCAUCACUCCAAUAACACAUAAACCCAGCAGGCAGGCUGUGUACAGAGCCGCACAACAUUGGCUUAUAUUUGUAUAUUUUUAUAAACACUAAAAUGCCUUUUCUCAGUAUAAACUUUGCACCCAACAGGCCUCAGAAAAUAUGUCACUCCAGAUACUUUCAACUUCAUGGGAUUAGUAAAAGCACAUAUUUGUGAAGGUGGCUCUGACGACAUCGUGGUACUACUAACAUUUACUAAGCAAUAGACGUCUUACCCUCAUCUUGCACAGAGAAUAUUAAGAGUCAAGUCUCAUAAAGAUUUAAAUUUUCUUCAGUGUGAGUGUGUGCGUGUGAGUGUGUGUGUGUGGGUUAUUGUAUGCUCCAGUUGCACUCCCUUCUCUGGAUCUGAUCGCAGGGUACCGACUCACCGCUCAGCCUCUGAACCCUUAAAGACUACAGCUGGUGUGACUCUGUAUUUGACUUCCUGUUAACACAUCCCAUGAACAGACCGAAACCAAACAUGUGGUCGUCUCUGUGGCGCUCAGAACAUUUUUGUUUCCUACUGAAGGUGUAAAUCUGUAGAGCCCUCCUCUAAUAACUGUGAUGAGGCAAAUAUUUUUUCACAAAGAACUUAAUUUUGUGCUCAGAGUUUAAAAAGAAAAGUUAAAGUUGUUACUGAAACAGGAAGAUGACGAUAGUAGAAGCUGCAGGUUGUAUGUCGUCGGGUGCUCUGUCAUGCCACUUUGCGUCUGAGCGGUAAACUGACAAACAUCACUGUGAGCUAGACUAAUGUGGGGUUCAGACUACACCAUAUCACAGGUGAUUAUAGCAUGACGCAGCAUCGUACGUGUCAGCUCGGAUCAUGAAAGACAACAAGUGUCGUACGCGAUAAUCCAUCGUUUAAUGUUGUGUAGCGUGUCAUCGUAGACGACAACCGACGCUACAUCUUCUACGUCUUAAUAUAAAGUUUAAUUAUAAGGAGUUUGCUGAAGCAGUUGGACUCUGUGGUUUUUAGGAAACUAAACUUAAAUAUGAGAAAACCAUAAAUUUGAUUGGGACUAUUUUCAGCUGCGGAUUAACACAUUUAAAGCUGUAGCGAGUACUUACAGUGAAGCUGAAACAGAUGAUGAUUUAUUGAUUACUAAGAAUCUAAAGAUGUCACCUUUGACUUUAGGAAGUUGUGACAGGAUUUUUUUUUUUCCCCUUCUCAGGCAUUUUGUUGUGACCAAACGAUUAAUCUGAAAUUAAAAUAACAGAUAGUUGCAGUGCUGCGGUGUGGCUCAUUGAUGUGUGUCUAACAGGGCUCUGUGGCACAGAGGAGUGAGCGCUAUCAGGUGUUGAAUGCACAGGAAAUAUUUGAUAGUUUGAUCAAUACAUUGUUGGUUUUGGUCUCUGUGUUGACAAUAAUAAAUAUUAAAAUUUAAAAUAUCACCAGCAUCUGAACCGUUAAAGGCGACCUGUUUUGCUCAGACUUGUAUUUUAAGUUUUUAUUUGAUCAAAAACACUUUAUUUUCCUCAUAUUGUCUCUGCUGAAGCGCCUGUAUUCACCAUCUGUCUCCGUUAUAGCGCCUGUGUCUUUAAGACCUCCUCCUGCUCUGAUUGGUCAGUGUUUGCUUCAUUUUAGGUCCCUUUAACAACACUUGAUGAUAAACAUUGUGUCUCCAGCUCUGUGGUUUCUGCCUUAAAGCCUCCUCAGAUGAUGAUACAGUAGAUGUGUUGCAGUCAUGCUCAGUGCUGACACUGAUCCUCUCUAACCUGGAACAUGCAGUGCUUUGAGUCAGAGUGGGUUUGGUACGCGCUCUGACCGGCUGCUUUGUUAUAUAGAUAUAACGUCCCUGUGACGCCGUGUCCACUCUGCAGCUGUGGGAGUGGGUGGAAACUUUGAGGAACCUCAAAGGAGCGUCCAGACUUAUAAAUCUACCAUCCCUGUUCCCACAGGAAGGGGCGGAGCCUGAGCUGUCGACGGGUUAGAAGGGCGCUCUGUGGCCUUUUUUAUUUUAUGUGACAGUCUUACAGUAAACGUGUCAGGGACUUGGAGCUUGUGUGUGUCAGAGUGUGUGUGAGUGCAGAGAGUGUGUGUAAAUAAUAUCACAUGGUAUGUAUGUACAUACAGCGCCAAACGAUGAGUUGUGACUUGGCUCGGCUGUGUCUUGGCACAGUUUCCUAAAACUCACCCACCCACACAGUUUCCAGCUCAGACAUGAAAUCUUUAGUACUUCCUGUACAGUCCUUUUCACACGGUGAGCAGACUUACACCACUACAUGUUUAUGUAACACCGCACACGGAGCAAGAACAAUAAAUUUGCUUAUGUCAAAAGCC